CCACUGUCAGCUGAUAAUGUCGCUUUAGUGAGAAAAAGUGAUAAAUAUUAAUGUAUUUGUAUUAAACAUAGUAUUUUGUAUAUUUAAGUGUAGCUAAUUCUAUUGAAAAAAGCUUAUAGAAUGAACUUUUCUGACAAUGAGGCUGAUGAUACUUCGAGCGUUGACAGCACUUCAAACACAGAUAAUACGUCACGUAGCGAAACACCAACAAAUACUCGCGUGAAAAAAAGAAGACGAGGGAAAAAAAAGGUUACUAAACAAGUGAAACCUCCAUAUAAGUUUAAUUGCAGUGCAAAGGAAGACCAUGGUCAACCUUUAUUUGGAUGUCAAUUUAAUCAUCAUCUGGGGGAGGGAGAGCCUCUUAUAUUUGCUGUUGUUGGAAGCAACAGGGUAUCUGUAUAUGAAUGCCCUGAAUCAGGUGGCCUUAAGUUUCUUCAGUGUUAUGCAGACCCUGAUGUUGAUGAAACAUUCUACACAUGUGCAUGGUCUUAUGAAGAAGAGACAAACCUACCUCUCUUAGCAGUAGCGGGAUCACGUGGUAUCAUACGUGUCUUCCACACAGCAACUCAAACUUGCAUAAAGCACUAUGUUGGGCACGGCCAUGCUAUUAAUGAAGUCAAAUUUCACCCUCGUGACCCCAAUCUUCUUCUCUCAGCAAGCAAGGACCAUGCAUUGAGACUUUGGAAUAUUAUGUCCGAUGUUUGUAUUGCUAUAUUUGGGGGUGUAGAGGGACAUAGAGAUGAAGUCCUGAGUGCUGAUUUUGAUUUGAAGGGGGAAAGAAUAAUGUCAUGCGGAAUGGAUCAUUCGUUAAAACUGUGGAGAUUGGACAAACCAUCAAUGAAUGAGGCCAUAAAGCAGAGUUACAAUUUUAAUCCACACAGAGCUUUAAGACCCUUUAAUUCGUUAAAGGAGCAUUUUCCGGACUUUUCUACUCGAGAUAUACAUAGGAAUUAUGUAGAUUGUGUCAGAUGGAUGGGUGAUUUAAUUUUAUCAAAAUCAUGUGAAAAUGCAAUAAUAUGCUGGAAGCCUGGUCGUCUAGAAGACACAGAAAUCCGUCCUGGGGACAAUACAAUAACAAUUGUUCAUAGGUUUGACUACAAGGAAUGUGAAAUAUGGUUCAUACGUUUUGCAGUUGAUUACAGUCAAAGGGUGAUAGCUUUGGGCAAUCAGUGCGGCAAGACCAUGGUGUGGGAGCUGGGCAGCGUGGCGGGCGGCUCGCGCGUGUCGCAGCUCAUGCACCCGCGCUGUGUGGCCGCCGUGCGACAGGUGACAUUGUCAAGGAACGGCAGAGUGCUAAUCACGUGCUGCGACGACGGCACAAUUUGGAGGUGGGAUCGAGUCAACAAUGGAAACAAUUAACAUAGUUGAAUAUCAAAAGAUAAGUGGAUUUAUUAUACCACUCAAAUGCGAACUACAUACGGCUGUGAAAAAAGUUUACAUUACAGUCUUUUCAAAAUAGAUUCCGUAUUCAUUUUUGUCAAAUUUCAUGUUAUACAAAAUCACAUAGAUAUUUUCAAUACUCAUAAGUUCGA